AUGCCGCGGCUCUGCCUUUUUGUCCUCGUCCUUCUCCUUACCGCGUUUCCCGCAACGGCCAAGCUCUCUGUGAAGAAUAAACCACAGAUACGCGUGACAACCUCUUUUGCAAAUUUUGAUGCACGCAUUAUGAAUCAUUGGGGUGGCGGAGGCGGCGCGACAUGGACGAUUUCAAACGACUCUGUGCAUCCCUUUGUCGGUAGAGAGUUUGGAGGAGCGAAGAGGAAGCAAAUCGCAGGUACUCGAUCCUUUGGAAGCGGGUAUCCGUGGGACAAGGACGACCCGACGACGCUCAGCGGGCGAGGCUUCCCAUUUGGCACCUGGCCGAUUUGGUGGGGGAACGAUUUCAUGGGGACAGACGAGUACAACUCUACCAAGGAUACAAUACGACCCGGUGGGCAGCUCGUCACUGCUCCAGUUCAACUAAUCAAGGCGGGUUCACCAUUCACCAAUGCGACCGAGGACGAGAUGUACUAUGUACUCGGAGACACGCAGAGUGUGACGUUUAUGAUGAUUUCGUUUGUCACCUGGUGUAAUGUAAAACCGGCUUGGCCAACAAAGUUUGACCCCUUGUCGCCCAACACGCCGAUACGACUGGAGAACGUUUUCCAGUACUAUCGCGCCAGCUCAUUCGCGCUCGCAUCGACUCUGUACAACAACACGUUUGCGCGAACAUCGAUUGCCAAUUCGACGGAGAGCUCACCGCUUCCGGGGCAAGUGGAGUAUUCGGACUAUCGACGAUGUGUCGAUAGUGUCAUCUCCAACGCGCUUCCCGUGAUGAACAAACCACCGGUCGUAGUAAAGAAGUCGGUGACAUAUGGAAUCAUCUUCGGCAUAUUUGGUAUCCCAAUGCUGAUUGCCGCGGUAUUGGUGGUCGUGUGGGUUUCGAUGGCCAUAGGGGCCAUUUUUUCAGGAACAAAGUUACGAAUAAAGCAGUCAGCUACCCGCAAAGCUCGAGAACAAGAGGAGAGACAAGCGGCGCUGGCUUAUGAAUCUUUCCCUUGA